AUGUCUGAGGAGCAACAUGGGCACAGCAGAGCAGAUGUUGAGCGUUUCUCUGACGCUGAGAAGCCCAUCAACGCCGCGGUAGAUGCAGACGUGGUGGACUUUGAUGGGCCUGACGAUCCAGACAAGGCCAUGAACUGGCCGCCAGGCAAAAAGGCAGCUACACUUGGCAUGGUGACAGUCAUGACACUCCUCUCACCAAUAGGCUCGACAAUUAGUGCCGCGGCGGCAAAAGACAUUAUGCUACACUUCAACUCCACCAGCAACACGCUCUCGGCUUUUGUGACGACAGUCUAUCUGCUGGGCUGGGUAUGUGGUCCAAUAGUCAUUGCACCGCUGUCCGAACUGUAUGGCCGCGCCGUGCUGUACAAGGUCUGCAUCGUCCUUUUCCUGCUAUUCAACGUGGCGUGCGCCGUAGCAAACAGCCUUGCGUCGCUGAUUGUGUUCCGGCUCCUGGCCGGCAUCGCCAGUUCAUGCCCGGUCACCCUCGGCACGGGCUCCAUUGCAGACAUGAUACCACCCGAGAGGCGUGCCGGAGUCAUGGGAGCAUAUGUCAUCGGGGCUGUCCUGGGGCCGACCAUCGGACCAAUCGCCGGGGGGUAUCUGACGCCUGCGUUGGGGUGGCGAUGGGCUUUCUGGCUGAUGGCAAUUCUCGUGGCUCCCCCGUGUCUUGUUGUGGUGCUGUUUAUGCGGGAGUCGUAUCCAUCCGUGCUGCUUCAACGCACGGCGAUUCGUCUACGCAGGGAGACGGGCAACCCAAGGCUUCGCUCGGCUCUUGACACGGGCAGAACCACACGCGAGUUCUUCCGUUGCACCAUCUUUCGUCCAUUCAAGAUGCUGAUGAUGCCCAUCGUCUUCUUACUGUCGCUCUACACCGCGACUGUCUACAGCUACUUGUACCUUUGCUUCACCACUUUCCCGCAAGUUUUCAGUCUUCAAUACGGCUUCGGAAGCGGCCCAUCCGGCUUGGCCACCCUCGGCCUGGGUGUGGGCUCCAUAUUGGGAGUGUUAUUCUGUGGCGGCGUGUCGGACAAGCUUUCUGUGUACCUGGCCAAGAAACAUGGUGGCGAGGUCAAGCCAGAAUAUCGUCUUCCCUCCAUCAUUAUCGGCGGGGUCUGCGUGCCGAUCGGGCUUUUUUGGUAUGCCUGGACAGCUGAGAAGAGAUUGCACUGGAUCCUGCCCAUCAUUGGAACAGGCUACCUUGGUGCCGGUAUGAUCAUCACAUAUAUGGCCGCCACUUUGUAUCUCGUCGAUGCAUAUACUGUCUAUGCCGCCUCAGUUACCGCGUCAAAUACCGUCUUCCGCUGUCUUUGUGCAACUUUCCUGCCACUUGCCGGUCCUGCGUUAUACGAGAGGCUUGGAGUUGGCUGGGGGACUUCGCUACUUGGCUUUGUUGCUGUUGCUUUUAUACCCCUCCCUUGCUUCUUUUACAUGUAUGGUGAAAGAAUCAGAGAGUCAAAGCAUUCUCAGGCCCAGUUCUCAGCUAUUUAG